CGACAAUCUUUUUUGAGCCGCACCCUCUCAUCUCAACACUUUCCCUCUCUCUUUCUCUCGCUUCGGUUUUGCCUGUGUUUUCAUCUCAAUCCCCUGCAGGAUUCCUGCAAGUUCUUCUGCAGCAGAUUCCAAGGUGAAGGUGUCACGUUGAAGUUUCUUUCAUGUUUGAACGGGCUAUUAUCCAUUUGGGAGCAAUUGAGUUGCUUGGAGAGUGUUUUUCGUCUUCCAGAAAAAAGAACAGGCCUUUGCCAAAAAGACUUAGCUGUAUGCAUCGUGCGCCAUACCAGGAACAUCCUGAGCUCUGUAGUUGCUGUUGGAAGCCUACUGUAAUUGCUGAAGGAGAGUCUUUGUGAUUACAGUCAGCAGAAUCAACAUUGCAGCUGAAUAUACUUUGAAUUCCAGCAUUUACUGCCUGUGGCAUCUAGUGUGUUUCUUUGAGACUUUCAGUGUUCGAGUCAUCAUGGCCUUACAGAACAUUGGUGCUGGUAAUAGUGAUGAUGCCUUCUAUAGGUAUAAGAUGCCUAAAAUGAUAACAAAAAUUGAAGGUAGGGGUAAUGGUAUCAAAACAAAUAUUGUCAACAUGGUUGAUAUUGCUAAAGCAUUGGCAAGACCGGCCACUUACACAACAAAAUAUUUUGGCUGUGAACUUGGUGCCCAGUCAAAAUUUGAUGAGAAGACUGGCACGUCUCAUGUUAAUGGGGCACAUGACACUGCAAAGCUUGCUGGCCUUCUUGAGAUCUUCAUUAAGAAAUAUGUCCAGUGUUAUGGUUGUGGAAAUCCUGAAACUGAGAUCUUGAUUACUAAGAAUCAAAUGAUCCAGCUGAAGUGUGCUGCUUGUGGAUUUGUGUCUGAUGUGGAUAUGAGAGACAAGCUGACCACCUUCAUCAUUAAGAACCCUCCUGAAGUAAAGAAAGGAUCCAAAGACAAGAAGGCCAUGAGGAGAGCUGAGAAGGAGAGAAUGAAGGAAGGGGAAGCAGCUGAUGAGGAACUGAAAAAACUGAAGAAAGAGGUUAAGAAGAAAGGCACUUCAUCUUCUAAGGAUGGCACCACAAAAUCUAGCACUUCAAGGAAAAAAGGAAAUGGCUCUGAUGAAGACCGUACAUCUCCUACUCACAGUCAAACUGAUGAGAAGAAUGAGGCUCAUGAAGAAGAUGAGGAGAAUGAUGAUGUACAAUGGCAAACAGAUACAUCACUACAGGCUGCUCGUCAACGCAUUCAAGAGCAGUUAAGUGCUGUGACAGCUGAUAUGGUCAUGCUCUCCACAAAUGAAACGGAGAAGGAGGAGAAAGCAGCCAAGGUAAUUGAUAAUUCUGAGAAUGGUAACUCUAUGCACUCCAGGACAGUGGUUGGGGAAGUCAAAGCAAAUUUGAAGAAAGGUGUUAAAGCAAAAGAAUUGCUGUCUGAACUGGCAGCAGUUUCUGCAUCUGAUCAAGAAAAGAUGAGCGCUCUCUAUGAAGCCCUAUUUGAGGGCAUUGAGAAAGGCUUUGCAAAAGAAGCAAUUAAGAAGAAGAGCUACCUUGCUGCUGCAGUUGCUGAGGAAGAGGCUUCGCAGUUGUUAUUGCUGCGUGCAAUUGAGGAGUUUUCUUGCAAGUCCACCUCCAAUGCAUUAAAGGAGGUUGCCUUGGUGUUGAAGGCACUAUACGAUGCUGAUGUGUUGGAGGAAGAGCACAUAGUGCAGUGGUAUCAAAAGGGGCCGAAGGGCGAUAACAAGAACUCUCAGAUUUGGAAGAAUGUUAGACCUUUCAUUGAGUGGCUUCAGAAUGCGGAAUCAGAAUCAGAGAAGGAAUAAUGUGCCCGAGUUGUUUACUUUUCCUUUCUUUGCUUGUGUCUUUUGUUUCGAAUAAAGGGUCUGGUUGCCCCCUUUGUGUUGUUUGGUUAUGGUUUAAAACUUGGAAUUGUGAUGUGUGCUGUUGUGUCUGGACUAGUGUAAAAUUAUGGUAUGAGAUUUUUCCUCGGUAUCAUUAUGUUAUCUUUU